AUGAAAUUCACAUCAGCUUUAUUAACCUUUCCUCUUCUUAUUUCUUUGGUUUGUGCUGGAGUAAUAAGACGAGAUGCCGAACCUAAUGAUAUCAAGAGAGAUGCCGAAUCUGACUAUUACAAGAGAGAUGCCGAACCUGAAAUUUACAAGAGAGAUGCCGAACCUCAAAUUUACAAGAAAGAUGCCGAACCUCAAAUUUACAAUAGAGAUGCCGAACCUCAGCAUUUCAAGAGAGAUGCCGAACCUAACGAUAUCAAGAGAGAUGCCGAACCUUACAUUUACAAGAGAGAUGCCGAACCUAACGAUAUCAAAAGAGAUCAUAAAUCUCAUCACUCUGGUUACUCUGGUUAUUGA